UUCAAACUUUAAUUUAUUUCUUGUAUUACUAAUUUUUGUACCUUUUAAAAACCCAUAAUAUAGCAUUCAUUGCUGUUUAUAAUUAAAAAGUAUUUAAUUUGUCUGUUUAAUAAACUAUAGCUGAAAAAAACAGUUAUUUUUAGAUACUGUAGACUUUUAUAUUCUGUUCAUCUUUUUCAAUUUGAAUUUCAAGAUGGCGGCCACAGUCAAUGAUCUUUGGGUUUCGUGGUUCAGUUGUUGUGUGGCGCAGCCCCAAAAACGAAGACGUAGGAUAGAUAGAUCAAUGAUUGGAAACCCAACAAAUUUUGUCCAUACUGGGCAUAUUGGCAGUCGAGAUAUAGAAAUGCCUGGGGAUCAAGUGGCAGCUUUACAGAAUCAAAUGCGAAGUAAAGGAGGAUAUGAUCCCACAUUCAAGGAGGCUCAAUGGUGCCAAUAGUUGUGAUAAAGGAAUAUUUUUGAUGUUAUAGUUUUUAUUAGAUUGUCUUUAAGACACAUUUAAUGGUUAAAUCUUUCACAUCAAGCCAAACUACUAACAAUUUUUUUAUUUAUUUGAUUUUUAUGAAGUGGUGUUUGUAACCGGAACAAAGAAUAUAGUCUUAAUUUUAUAUUUUGAUCAUGUGUAUAUGGGGAAUAUAUUUACAAAGGGUGGGGAUUUUUCAUAAAACAAUUUUAUUUUUUACUGACGUGAAUUAAGGAGAUAAAAAGACUGUUUUAAGUUUCAAUUGAGCACAUGGUCACGUACUUUUUUGUAGGCUUGUAUAUAUUUAUGUUUUUCAUUAUUAAUAGUUUUUCCUAUUAAACUAUUGUUUUGUAAAUACUUUAUUAAUCUUUUUUUUUGUAAUUGGUUAAAAAGAACAAACAUGUUUAAUUUAUAUUGAAAACGUUACCUAAACAUACGGCUAGGUUCAUACUGAGUGAGUUUUGUCCACUCGCCAAUCAAGUCUAAACACUUACGCUACAAGCCAUGUCGUGCCUAAAUUUAUCGAUAGUUCUUCGAAAAAGAUGUGUACAAUCAGUCGUCCACUCCCAUUCUAAGCUUCAUAAGGACUAAACUUCCCACGCCGCCUAUUCGCGCCCCUUCGUAUUAAUGGUAGAUCAGACUACAGUGCGACAACGACAACGUAAUGAAACCGAAAACCAGCGCUGCUUCAAACUGCGUCGCCCUGUGAAUACACUCCAUUCAUAAUGUAUAAUAGAACCAACUCGACGCGUAGUGGACAAGUCUCUCAAUGUGAAUGGGGUCUGAUGCUUAAGAAAGAUUGAUUGCUAGGUAGCUAUUUAAUAUGGACUUUGAAGAUAAUUAUAGAUACUAGGCUUAAUGGAUUUUUGUUGAAUAUAGAUUGAUAUUAACAUAAUAUUACUUACUAUACCAAAAACUGCCAUACUAAAUAUAAAUUAAGAUUGAAAUUUUUGAACUCAUUUAUAUUUUAUAUUAUUAUUCAGCUGACAUUGGAGCAAAAUAAAUCACGAAUUCACCACAAUAAACCAAAAUACUUUUAACACAAGACGCGCGUUUAACUAACAAGAUAGUUAAAACUCUUGAGUUUUUAUCUGCUGAUGAUGAUAUCAUGCCAAGUGUUUUGGUGUAUUCUGGUGAAUUAAUGUUUUAUUUUACUGUUGUAACACCAAAGCUUACUGCUUACUGUAUUCACCAUCAGGGAUUGGUUCAUAUUUAAAUUCUGAUUCAAUGUCGGCUGCCAUUUGAAGAUCAUUCUCUUCUGCCUUUUAUUUAAUAUAAAUAUUUUUAGAGUCUUAUUAGGGCACAUUUAUACAUUGAUUGUAUUUUUUACAGUGCUAUAGUUUAAUAUAAAAUUUACUUUUUGUGAAUGUUUUACGCCAAGAGCAUAUUCAUAGAACUUCUAGAAGACAUUUUUCAAACUUGGACAUAAAAAUUUAGGAAGUAAUAGAUAUAUUUUUGAACAUUGUCAGUACAUAAAAAAGCACAAAUAAUAUUAUAAACUUGUUAAAAGUAGCUGUUUUGUACUGUUGACUUUUUAAGAGAACACAUAUAAAGGUACUCUGUCUUAUUCAUAUAGAACAAUAAUAUUCAGACUAAUGAUUUGGUGUCACGUGAGGUGACCUCAGCAUAGUUGAUUUGCAAUAAAAUUAUGUUUUUUAUAUAUUUAUGUAUUAUAUCCUAAAGAUACCUGUACUUGUAAAUAAAUCAUCUAUU